AUUAAGAGAGACGCAUGGACAGGCCAGUGUCUGAGUAUCAGAUUCGAGUUUAUGGUCAUGAUGUCAUCCACGGUGAAAACGAAUUUCCUGCACCAGCAGCCGAGGAAGAUAAGGACGAAGUGCGUUGUGCGGGCCGGGCGCUGUGUGUGAAGCACUUUACAAACACUUCCUUUCCGGGCACCGCCGCCGGCGAGGUGGUGGCAUCCAUGGUACAAGGCGGCCGGAGGGAGGAUGUGUCCGGGGUUGGGCCGCUGGUGGCAGGCAGGUUCGGGUCCCUUCCAGAGCCGACCCCCCAGGAGGGUUUGCUGGACCACCGGCGACCUGGUGGACCGAAGCCCGAAUGAAAUCUCGCCAAGGACUAUAGGAAGUCACCUGCUCUUGUUAAUAUUAUGGUUUUUUUCCCUUUUCCAGGCAAUUUAAGGGAAUAUGUUUAAUAGAAAUAAACUAUCUCCUUCCUUUAAAUUAGCCACAAAAAUGUCUGGGAGAAAUUUUGAUGAAAACACAGGGAAUCCAUGGAGGGGUAUUUUAAUCUGUAGGAAGUAAUAGAACUGUAGCUGUUUUGGAGAUACUUGCUAGACAAUUUUUCGUGCGUGGGAAAGUUGGGGAAUGAUUUAGAAUCCUAAAAAAAAAGACAGAAAGUCUUUUUACUGAGUACUUAAUGGUUUUUCCUUAGAAUAUGGAGAUAAUAACAAUAAUCUAAAGGAAACCACCUACGUUUUCUGGGUGCAUAGACAAUAGUUCUCUUUUAAAGCUGUAUAAGAGUUUCAUUACAAAUAAUACUUGUGAAGCGCUUGGAAUAGAGCUUUUGUAUUGUGAAGUGGGUAGCAUGUUAAUGGUGACAAGUAGCUUUCACCAUAUCCUGUAACUGUCAUACUCUCCCAACUUCACCUGGGCUAAGAAUGUCAGUGAGAAUUGCCCAUCCAGGCAAGGAAGUCAUCCCAGGUGAGGUAGAAUGUGCUUUGUCCCCUCAAUUAAAGAAAACUAUCUACUACUUCGGGUUGCUGUUGGGGUUAUUUGGACGUAGUCUAGAUGAGUCUGCUUUCUCUUUUUCCCAUCAUCAUCAUCAUCAUCAUCAUCAUCAUCACUCGAGGCCUGAUGCACAAAAAUUCUUGCAAGACUAGGCCUUUCUUCCCCUGGCUGCCGGCACCAGCUUCCCUCCUCAGUCCGCCGGAACCCUGAUUGCUCUCCUUCAACACGUUCAAUAUGAAGUUACUAGUAAUACUUUUAUUUUCCGGACUUAUACCUGCGUGUAGAGGUAGUAACUCUUCGUAUAGUUUGCCACCGAAGUUACUACUGGUGUCCUUUGAUGGCUUCAGAGCUGACUAUCUACAGAACUAUGAAUUUCCUCAUCUCCAGAAUUUUAUCAAAGAAGGCGUCUUAGUGGAGCAUGUUAAAAAUGUUUUCAUCACAAAGACAUUUCCAAACCACUAUAGUAUUGUGACGGGCUUGUAUGAAGAAAGCCAUGGCAUUGUAGCUAAUUCCAUGUAUGAUGUAAUCACCAAGAAAUAUUUUUCUGACUUUAAUGACAGGGAUCCUUUUUGGUGGAAUGAGGCAGUACCUAUUUGGGUGACUAAUGAGCUUCAAGAAAACAGAUCAAGUGCUGCUGCUAUGUGGCCUGGCACCGAUAUACCCAUUCACAAUACCACUCCUUCCUAUUUUAUGAAUUAUAGCUCCUCAGUAUCAUUUAAGGAGAGACUAAAUAAUAUUACCAUGUGGCUGAGCAAUUCGAACCCACCAGUUACUUUUGCUGCGCUCUAUUGGGAAGAACCAGAUGCAAGUGGACAUAAAUAUGGACCCGAAGAUAAAGAAAAUAUGCGCAGAGUAUUGAAAGAAAUAGAUGACCUUAUUGGUGACUUAGUCCACAAACUCAAAAUGUUAGGAUUGUGGGAAAAUCUUAAUGUGAUCAUUACAAGCGACCAUGGGAUGACCCAGUGUUCUAAGGAAAGACUGAUAAACUUGGAUAUCUGCCUCAAUCGUUCAGACUACACUCUUAUAGAUUUGACCCCAGUUGCUGCAAUACUUCCCAAAAUAAAUAAAACAGAGGUUUAUAACAAACUAAAAAACUGUAGCUCUCACAUGAAUGUUUAUCUCAAAGAAGACAUUCCUGCUAGGUUUCAUUAUCAACAUAAUGAUCGAAUUCAGCCUAUUAUUUUGGUUGCUGAUGAAGGCUGGACAAUUGUGCUAAAUAAUUCAUCACUAAAAUGUGACCAUGGUUAUGAUAAUUCUUUGUCUAGUAUGCAUCCAUUUCUGGCUGCCCACGGUCCUGCAUUUCACAAAGGCUACAAACAAUGCACAAUUGACAGUGUGGAUAUUUAUCCAAUGAUGUGCCACAUCCUGGGACUAAAACCACAUCCCAAUAAUGGAACCUUUGGUCAUAUUCAGUGUUUGUUAGUUGACCAGUGGUGCAUUAGACUCCCAGAAGCCAUUGGAAUUGUUUUUGGUGUACUCUUGAUCUUAACCAUUCUAACGUGCCUCUUCAUAAUCAUGCAGAAUAGACUGUCUGCACCGCAGCCAUUUUCCCGACUUCAGUUACAAGAAGAUGAUGAUGAUCCUUUAAUUGACUAAUAAUAUGUGCUGGAGUUUAUACAAAGUGUUUUUGCUUAGUCACAAAACCAAGGAUACACCCAAAUGUGUUAUAACUAUGAAAAAGUAUACUUUGAAAGACAAAGAAUUUAUACCAAGCAUGCUAAAAUUGUGUUUUACUUUUCUUUGUGUUUUCUUUUGGUGCAUUAGCUAAUACCAAAAACAAAAACACCCUGAACAUUGUAAACAUUGCUGAUAGAUUAUUAGUUAACACUAUUUCUCUAACUAGAAACAUUUUUAAGAAAAAUACUGCCUCUGCCUUUCUUUGUGCAAUGAAAAUUUGACAUAUGAAAAUAUAACAAAAUUUAGUAGGCAUACUUUUCUAAUAAAUUUUUAUAUUUGUAAAUGAAACAACAGAAUCUUUAUGUAAUUAGUGGAAUUUAUGCAUCAGGGAGGAAAAGUUUUCUAUAUUUUUAUAUUUACCUUUAAUGGAGUUUGUAUCCUAAGUAAACCCUUGAGUUAGGAAAUUCUCUGUGAUAGUUAUAUAAAAUCAGUUAACCAGGCCGAAAAGAUCAAGCAUAUAAAGAUAGUAUUUUAAGAAGUUAUUAUAAAAAACUAUCAAAGACAAUGUGGUACAAAGCCUCUGUCUUCACCAUUGUGUCUUUGUUAAGACCCUUAAGCUGUUGAAAUCUCAGAAGUUUUCUUUUGAAGAUUAUUGCUAAUAAGAAAUUAAUAGAGAAAAGUGGAUUGCUCUGUGCUUACUGGCUUUUGUAAGUUAUUUGUGUGUGUGCACAAGUGUGUUAGCAUGUAUGGGUGUGCAGACUGUAGUCAACUUAUGGAAGGAGAUCAGAGAUGGACUUGACCAUAGAUAGGCUUCUGCAUUCCCAUAGAACCCAGCUCUUAGGAAAGGUUAUAUUUGCAUUCAUAUUUGUUUCCCUUCGUCUAACUCACAACUUAAAAUCAUAAUUUUAAAAAUGCAUUCAUUUUUGUUACCAUUUUUAACCUUCUCAUGUUGAUGAUUAUAAUUAGAAGUAUCAAAGAGCUACAGAAAAAUUUAUGACCUGAUUAUAUAUUUGGUUUUGAUGAGUCAGAAUGAGAAAAAGAUAUUUUUAUGUUAAUCUUUGGACUUUUAUGCCUUACUUUUUAGACAACAGAGUAGUUAUAUUUAAAGUGGAAUUUAAUAUCUGUUGCUGUUUUACAUUAUCUGUAUGUUAAAUGACAGAAUAAGCUUUCAACAGUGCCUAACGUUUCCUAGCUUGAGUGCUAGGUGGAACCUUCUAAUAAUCAAAAUUAAUAUGAAGAAACUGAGUUGUGACAGACUAGAUUAUAUGUAUUAGAGGAAAACUUGGGUUCAGGAACCAUUCUUUGGAAGUUGAGGCAAGCAAUUGCUAUUAAUAGUGUGAUCUUUAAAGUUUUGACAAUACAAAAUAAAGUAGGCACCCAGUUCGCAGAUACAGAAAUUAUUUACAGUAAAUAUGCAGCCCAGUGAAAUGUUGAUUAUCUGUGAUGGUUAAGAGCAAUGGUGCUAAUCAUCAAGUGUUUAAUUCACCCUGUCUGGUCACUGCUGGGUUCCUGAUCCUGGUAUUAGUGCCUGUUGUAUCUGGGGUUCUUGAGAAGCAUUUCCACAUCCUGUAUAAAUAGGUGACACUGAUAGUGACCAUAAGUUGACUGUAUUAAGAACAACAUAAUACAUAAAUGAAAUAAAGCCAAUAGGGCUAAUUUUGCUUUUUGACACAUUUUAUUACUGAAGUUUUUCCUCACAUAAAAGUUAUCUUAAAGGUAAUAGUUGAUUUGAAUGAAAUAAUAGAAAAUUUUCUUUUCUACUCCAAUUGCCAUUAAAAAAAUACCAACAAAGAGUACAACAGUCACAUUUAAAGCCCUGGAUAUUUUAAAAAUAGUAGGAGGGUAAUUUAUACUAUUUGAGUAGUCUUUGGUCCUUGGAAAGGUGUGAGUUUUAGUGAUUGCAUUAGCUUGAUGGUGGUACGAGUUUCAGUGAACUAUACGUGGCAUCCAACCUGUGAGUAGAUUUUAUAUAGGAUGGGAUAGGAAGGGAUGCUGUCUGUGUCUUAACCCCUGAACAAAAGACAUUUACCUACUUGUCUUAUCUCUCAGUCUCAAGAUAUUAACUUUAAUUGAAAUUGUAAAUAUAUAUAUAUAUAUAUGUUCAUGUAUAGAAUUUAUUUAAUCAAAGAGGUGUUUUAUUAUUAUAUUGAACUCUGUGUUAAUUCAUUUGUAUUUAUAAAAACUAUCGCUGUCAAAGCUAAUGAUCCUCCAAUACACGGGAAAAGUCUUUUAGUAAAGUAGGCUUUUACAGUAAGGUUUUGAUGUAUAUUAUAUAAUUGGCAAAUGUACCUUGCUGUUUUCUGGGUGAUAGAAAGUAUUUAGCUGUUUAUGACAUUUAACUGUUUGACAAUACUCAAAGUUAAUAGGAUAAUUUUUUAUUAGGUGUUUUUUUUUAUUCAGUGAGUGCAUUCAGAAUAAGUACGUUAACUGAUAAUGGGUACAGUUCUGCUCUCAUUAACAUGCAGGUUCUCUGGUCCAUGCUCUGUACUAUAGGCUUUGUGUUAUUGUUCCAUUAAGCUUGCUCUAAGAGGUAAAUGUUUGGAACAUUAAAGGAUUAAAAAUGCCUUUGCAUUAUUCUUGGGUUCCUCUCUUUCUAGCCUAUAUCUGGUAAGCUUUAAGGGUGAAUGCAUUUAAUUUCUUUUAUUUGGAGGGUUUUACUUCAUUGUGAAUACCUAAAGCUACAAAUGAAGGACAAAGAUGAUAUGGAAAGUGUUUAUUUAUUGUCAAUUCUUAAAGUAGUGUGUAAAUAAAAUGACAGUGUGCUUUAAAAAUUUUGUAAUAUAGUGCCUUAAGUUGAAGUAAAAUGUAUUUUGAUUUAUUAUUUGAAUUCAUAGUUAAUGACUUUGAUUUUAAAAUGUAUCUGAAUAAAAUCUACCAAUACAUUUUCACUGUAUUACUAAA